CGUAAUAAUAAUACAUAAAAUAAAUCUUAACAAAUGUGCCUGUGUUAAAAGAAAAGAAUAAAAGAGAAAAGCAGAUGUAGAAGUAUAUUGUAAAAGAGUGCAAAAUAAUACAACAACAAAAUAAAAGCAAAAGCAAAAGCAAAAUUCCCCUAAAGAAAAGCCGGAAAAACAACGUGAUUUUCCCCUCGUAACACUAUUUUUGAGUGGAGAAACAUAAACAGAAAUUCCAGAGACCCCAAUCCAGGAGGUCCCUAACAAACAGAUCUGCCAGCAUAAGAGCCCAAAGCCCCGAGGAGCCACAACUGGAAGAACAACCAGAGAAACAACCACAACGAGGACCGGACACAAGGGACGCGGGCCCCGCCGUCGAAUUGUGUGUUGUGUCGCCCCACAGUCUUCUCUACACCAAAAGUGGCACAAAUCGGGUUAGACGUCGCUCCCAGAGCAUUAAUGGCUCAGCCCAGGUAUGAUGAUGGCCUGCACGGCUACGGCAUGGACUCCGGUGCCGCGGCGGCGGCUAUGUACGAUCCACAUGCUGGACAUAGGCCGCCCGGCCUGCAAGGCCUCCCCUCGCACCACUCACCGCACAUGACGCAUGCCGCGGCGGCUGCGGCAACAGUCAGCAUGCACGGCUACCAUUCGGGUGCCGGGGGUCAUGGUACACCUAGUCAUGUAUCACCGGUUGGUAAUCACCUAAUGGGCGCAAUACCCGAAGUACACAAACGUGAUAAGGAUGCGAUUUAUGAACAUCCGCUAUUCCCGCUAUUGGCGCUCAUAUUCGAGAAAUGCGAAUUGGCCACAUGUACGCCGAGGGAGCCCGGGGUGCAAGGUGGCGAUGUUUGUUCAUCGGAAUCGUUUAACGAGGAUAUUGCAAUGUUCAGUAAACAGAUAAGAUCACAGAAACCCUAUUAUACCGCAGAUCCCGAAGUCGACUCACUGAUGGUGCAAGCAAUACAAGUACUUCGGUUUCACCUUUUAGAAUUAGAAAAAGUACACGAACUGUGCGACAACUUCUGUCACCGCUAUAUCUCGUGUUUAAAGGGUAAAAUGCCAAUAGAUUUAGUGAUCGACGAACGGGACACCACCAAACCACCAGAACUCGGUUCGGCAAAUGGUGAGGGACGGAGUAACGCCGACUCCACAUCGCACACCGAUGGAGCUAGUACACCAGACGUUCCCAGCACCCAAGAUUUUUCACCGCUGGAGGAGACCUAUGCCAGCUAUCGCAUCAAGCACGAGGCGGACUUCUAGUCCAGACCUCAGAUCCAAACCUCUCCCCCCAUUCGAACCCCAAAACGUUCUCUAUAUAUAUAUAUAAAGAAAACUAUAUAAUAUAAAGAUAAACUCUAGCCAUGUAGUUUGUAACUAAAAAUCAAGUCUAGGCUGCUGCUUACAGAUCUAAAAACAAAACUUGGGAUAAGAGAACAAACGCUAAGAGAAUAGUAAAUUCCUAGAAAUUUCUAUCCAUAUUUUCUUUGCUUAGUUAUUAUAUUGUUUCAAUUUAUUUUUGUUUUGGGAAUAUUUCACCUUAGCCAACGUGUAUACGAUUUUUCAAAAUAAUACGUCCUUUUUCCUUUGGUGUUUUACAACACCAAAGAGAACUUGCCAAAAACAAAAAAAAAAACACACAAAAAACAAAAGAAAAAAAUAUUUUCGUUGAUCUUUUUUGUUCAACUCUCAUCAUGCAACGCAUAUACGUAAAAAGAGAUACCAGAAAAGAAACCCCAACCUGAGUUCAAAUGCAAAGUAUACGAAUAAAACAUUAUUGUUUAUUACAAAAACAAAAAACAAAAAGAAACUUAAAGUUAAUUUAAUUAAUUGAGGAUUGCAACGCACCUAUACGAACGACAUUUUAAAUGAGCCAAGGAAGCGUGCGAGACACUUUCGAGAACAAUUGAUAUACGUAAAUCAAACAAACUACGACAGCAAGAGCAACAAACUAAACAAACUUUAAGCAUUUACUAAAGCAAAAAAGAAGAAAAAAAAGAAGAAAACUACGCGAUACUAUUAUUAUUAUAUAAAUAUAAUGAAGAGAGGAAAGCUAAAUGUAAUUUAAUGAAUUGAAUUAGUGAACACGGAAUCCAGAGCGGCAGCUUUUGGUGCUCAGCGGAGAUACUUAGAGACCCCUCGCUCCAUCCCCCAUUGUAUACUAUAGCGUACGUUAUAUAGUUCUUAGUCAGACCUCUGAGCCCCUGAACCCUUGAACCCCUCAACUUAGGAGUUGUAUGCUAAGCUAAACUAAACUUGCAAACAGGAAAUCUAAUGGAAUCCAAACUCAAUCUAGAAAAGGGAAAACCUUAGCAGCCAUUCUUCUUCUAGCUACCAAAACCAACCAAACACUUUCUUCUGCUAAUUUCUACUACUAUUUUGAGUUCUAGACUACUAAACCAACAAAAACCACAAAAAUGUACUUAAAUCGGUCUGCCUCAGUCGAGAGCAGUUCCUCAGCUAUAUGGGCAGUCAUUUGUAUACUUAGACUAUAGUCGAGCCGAUUCCCAGCGGUUUAUUAUAGCCAACUAACUAAACCACAAAAAUAU